GAUUGUCAGUGACAAACUGUGACUGUCGAAUUCGUCACAAAAUACAUCCAUUUUCGCCAACUCUGAUACAUUGAUGAAAGUGAGAUGAUUACAGCUAGACUUGAGAAAGGGCGCAUAACUCAACAAUAGUAAUCAUUCAACAUCGUGGUAACGGCAAUGGAGUUUUACUCCAACAAUCCAGUCAUGGCUGUGGCCUCCUGCUUACCAGAUAGUGGAGGAGUAGAAUCCCAGGUACUAGACUCGGGGGGUCGCCAGACUGAUUCAUGUUCUACCAGUGAUGACAGAGAGGGUGCAGUUAUGGACUCUGGUGGAGACGGGGAACCAUUCCUAUCUUCAUUGGCUGAUGAGUCAGGAGUUCUUGAAGCAGGUGACAGCUUGGACCUCUGCGCUCCUCCAGAAGAUGAUGACGAGUUAGACAUCACACCCGUCAUCUCAGAGCCCCUGGUCCAUCCUCCCUCAUCCGUCCAAUCACACCUCAUAGGAGGCCACCUCCUUGAGAUAGAACAGGUUGCGGAAAGUGCCGUCGCUUGCCAAAUUUUCUCAGACUCCAAUGCUGGCCGUCUCCAUUUCAGAGACAACCCGAAAGACCCAAGUGGCGUGGUGUGCCUCGGUGCUACUGCAGCCCAAAGUGACUCACCUGUUGUCAUUACUGAAGGCGGUGAUUACAACAUGAUGUCUGUUGGGAAUUCCCCUGUUCCGCAAAGUGAAGAGUAUAGUGACUUCUCGGAUGAACCCAUACCGGGGUUAGCAUCCAUGCAACGAUUUAAACCAUUCAAGCCUAAGCUGUUGAGUAGUAGUAGGAAUGGGAUGUUAGGCAGGCGGGACCCAGACUUGGAUCGGUUGAGUAACAAGUCUAUCAGCCCGUCAAGCUCUUGGAUGACGAGGGGGGCAGAAGUACACAGCAGCAGCACGGAGGGCCAAGGAUUCCAGCCUUACCGCCGACAACAUCCCAUCGUCCUGUCCAACAAGAAACAACGUCUUCAUAGUAACACUGCAUCGGGUUCAUCUGCAUUCAGCAUCAGUGAGACCUCGGCUUUUGAGUCUCGCAGCCACCUCUACGAAGAGGAUCAGUGUGCCCGAGAGCUCCACCAAAGAUCAACCGGUGACCGUCGCGUCUUCGUGUAUGACCCUCCUGAACCUGAUUCAGUGGACAUUGACCUAACAGUCAGAGACCGAGACUCAAUCGACCUAGAAGACCACGAUGACCCCUGGGUUAGUCCAGUCACAAGUUUAUCUGUCGCUCAUAGCUCAGUCACGCCAACUUUCUCAAGUACUGAUACAGGGACAGCGCAUAGCUGUGCGGAUUACUCGGACUCUGAUGUCGACGUCGUCAGCGUGGAUGACUUUGACGUGUCGGAGUCCUCUGGAUCGGGAAUCACAAAUCAAGGUUCUCAUGUCGCGUGGGAUGAUGAGACCCUUACCCUUGCAGGAGCCCUGGAUAUUAUUCCUCCAUACGGCGACGCCCUCCCAGGACCCAGCGGUGUUCAAAUCCCACCGUACAAUGUGACUGUAGAUCUGGUUGAUUCUUCAGACUCGUCUCAAGACAGCGAUGACAGUGACGGAGGAAGGAGCGAAGGAGAUGCUGAUAAUGAUAUAGAGGUGGUGUCAGUCGACUUAGGACCCAGCGGGAAACAUGUUGCGUCUAGUUCCAGUAAACCCAGAGAACUAAGCCGGGAGAUGAAACAUCCGCUAGUAAAGGGACGACGGAAGAAGCGUCCUCUAUCACCCGUUAUUGUGGAUCUAACUGAGUCAGAUGAUGAGACUUCUUCACACAGCAUUAUCCAACAAAGCACAAUUCCAGAAAACACCUUGCCAGAUUCGUCAUCUAAUGACCCCAGUCCCUCCCCACCCUCCUGCUGUCUGGGGGUUAGCCCCCGUCCGAGCCCGUCACCAACCACCACAGCAAGUCAACCAUCACAUCUUCACCAUCAUCACCUCUAUCGACACCACCCUCAACGCUCAUGUAAGCUGCACGAGUUGACCAUUCCGCGAGCCCCACAGGCUCACCAUGUCGGCUGCACGUACCCCGGAGGCCAUGGCGCCUGCAUAUGCCACAUGAAGUCGCAGCUCAAUAGAGGGAGCCCUACUACCGGGGAACAAAGCCAGCGCGAGAGACAGCAAAGAUCAACAGAGCAGAAGUCAUCUGCUGGGAUCAAGAAACCAUCAUCUACCAGUGUGCACCAACCUGAGCCCACCCCUAAGAAGGAAAACACUGAAUCCCCAGCCUCCUCCUCUGAUCCAAACACCGCCCCUACACCUCCAAGGCCUCCUUACGGGAUUCAUCAAAUUCACUUUGCCCGUCGUGGGCACAAUGAGGAAUGUCGAACGCAUCAUCACCACGGUGUGGUUCACCAACCGAGCUGCUCAGUUCGAGUCCAACAAAAUGGAUCUAGGCCGUCCACACUGCAGCUUCAUGUCCAUCAUUCUCACAAUCAUCGGCGCCAACCAGCUGGCGACUCUGUCCAGCAGACUUUGCAGCCCACAUCCCAGGCCCAACCCACUCAGCAUCACCACCCUGCAUCUUGCCAGCAGCCUAUUGCUGAGAUUAGGCUACCCCAGCAGGGACCUUCUGCCCCCCUUCAGCACCGACGGCUGUUUCAGCGACAAAACCGCAUGGGAGAGAUUCAGAGACAGCACAUGUCUAGAAUGGCAGAUUCUCACUUUCCUACAGUGCCGCCAUACCCACUGCAUCAUAUGCAGCGGAUAUAUCACCAGCAGCAGCAGCAACAGCAGCAAGAGAGCCGUCUAGAACAAGUAGAACAUUUCCUAUCAUCACAGCGUCACCAUCAACAACAGCAGCAGCAACAACAACAGCAGCAGCAGGCGCAACAGCAGCAACUACAGCAAGAAAGCUGCCAACGUUUGAUGCAUGCCAGUCAACAGCAAGUUCACCCAACGUACCCACCAAAUCACCCGUUAAUCCCACAUCCUAGCCCGUAUACCCAGCCCCACUCUCACCCGUUAGCCCACACCUUACCCCAGCCCCACCUACGCGCCACCCUGCAAGUGCAAACUAUACCCCAAGUUCAGCCUCAACCCCAGCAAAUGGAGAUCGAUUCAGCAAUUCAUGUGGAACCGGGUGCAACCCCUAACAUCGAAAACAGUGAGUCUCUUUCCAUCCCUACUCCAUUCUUGGAUGGCAACUUCUCUCCUCAGCAUCGACAUCUUCACCACCAUCUUCACCACUAUCACCACACGGCCCCGCCGCCACCUACACCCUACCAGCAAAGGAGCUCUGCCAUCUACGGCAACUACCCUAGUUUGACCGACUUGCCACCUUUAACAACUCAUCCAUUUUACCGUGCCUACCGAGUUCCACUCAUGCGCAGAAUGGGAAUGCGCGGCCCGAUGUACGAGGAAUUGGUACAGCUGAGCGAGCGGAUGGGACAGGUUAACCGAGGUGCCACACCCAGUACAAUAGAGAGGAACACUUUCCCACACAAGUACCAUAAGAGAAAACGUUCGGCAGAUGAUGUCGUUGCUGUGGAGAAGAGUGAAGUAGCAUCGUGUUCAUCAACAGAGGUGGAGACGGAAGGAGCAUCAUCUGAGACGGAUCAGCCAAAGCCUAAAAUCAUUGAUGAAGAUGAUGAAGAGAAAUGCACCAUCUGUCUUUCAUACUUUGAGGACAACGAAGAUGUCAGACGUCUUCCAUGCAUGCAUCUAUUCCAUGUAGAGUGUGUGGAUCAGUGGCUGAGUACCAACAAGCGAUGUCCGAUCUGCCGAGUUGACAUCGAGACCAAGAUGCCAAAGGAUGCCACAUGACUAGACGGGGACACCAAACGUACUUGGUAAAAAUCAUUCCCUCCUCCUUCCCCCCCCCCCUCCCCCAA